CAGAACUGCAGCGAAUGCUUUAUUUGCUGGAUAUCUCUAGGAUACAAAUAAAUCUCUUUUCAUUAGACUCGGGUGGUGUCUCGUUUAGAGUAAUGGAUAGCCUAGCCAACAUCGACAUCUUAUCCGCUCCUGUUCUUAAAGGACUCAUUCAUGAGAGCCAAGACGAGUAAAAGCUGCACUUUUGUAGUGUCUGCAGACCUCUUUCUCUCCACCAUUUCCAGCACCUUCUAAUCAUGGAGGUCACAGCUCCACGGGACACUUCUUCUCUCACAAAGGGGGCCAGAGACAUUGCAAAGGAGGCUAAACGUCAAGCAGUUAAGAAGGUCAACAAAGUUGUGGACCGUGCAUCGGAUGAGUAUUCCCACACCCGAGCCUACCAACGCUUCCAGGAUGAAGACGAUGACUACUACAGCCAACCGGAUGGGAGCUACAUGGGCGUUAAUGCUAAUGAUGAAGAGGGAUCCAGCGAUGCCACCGAGGGUCAUGAUGAUGAGGACGAGAUGUAUGAGGGGGAGUACCAGGGAAUUCCCUCAGAUGCAAAGGCCACAGAUGGACACGUGGCACUGGGGCAGCCUCUUUCAGACAGCCUGAAGGACAGAAGAGAGCUGGAGAAUGAGAGGCAGGCGGAUGAGGAGGAGUUGGCUCAGCAGUAUGAACUCAUCUUACAGGAGUGUGGACACGGGCGGUUCCAGUGGCAACUGUUCUUCACGCUAGGCCUGGCACUCAUGUCAGAUGGUGUGGAGGUGUUUGUGGUGGGAUUUGUUCUACCCAGUGCAGAGACCGAUAUGUGUGUGCCUGACUCAUCUUCUGGUUGGCUAGGCAGCAUUGUGUACCUGGGGAUGAUGGUAGGGGCUUUCUUCUGGGGUGGCAUGGCUGACAAAGUGGGCAGACGACAGUGUCUGCUCAUAUGCAUGUCUGUGAAUGGCUUCUUCGCCUUCCUGUCUUCUUUUGUUCAGGGCUAUGGCUUCUUCUUGAUCUGUCGCAUGAUAGCUGGCUUUGGGAUUGGAGGAGCAGUACCCAUUGUCUUUUCAUACUUUGCUGAGGUAUUGGCGAGAGAGAAGCGUGGAGAGCACCUGAGUUGGCUCUGCAUGUUUUGGAUGAUUGGAGAGAUCUAUGCCUCCGCUAUGGCCUGGGCCAUCAUACCUCACUACGGCUGGAGUUUCAGUAUGGGUUCAGCUUAUCAGUUCCACAGCUGGAGGGUGUUUGUUGUGGUGUGUGCACUUCCCUGUGUCUGCUCUGUGGUGGCCCUAACAUUUAUGCCCGAGAGCCCCAGAUUCUACUUGGAAGUGGGGAAGCAUGAUGAGGCCUGGAUGAUCCUCAAGCAGAUUCAUGACACAAACAUGCGAGCGCGUGGACAGCCUGAGAAAGUCUUUACCGUGAACAGGAUUAAGAUCCCAAAGCAGAUUGAUGAGUUUGUUGAAAUGAAGACAGAAUCUGGCAGCGUUUUCUCAAAAGUGAUCUUCAGAGUAAAGUCAGAACUUUAUGGGAUAUGGCUGACCUUCUUAAAGUGUUUUAAUUAUCCACUAAAAGACAUAACAGUGAAACUUGCUACUGUGUGGCUUACAUUGUCUUUUGGGUAUUAUGGCCUAUCUGUAUGGUUCCCUGAUGUCAUCAAGCACCUUCAGGAAGAUGAAUAUGCCUCCAAAGUGCAAAGGCAUGCCAAUGAACACAUCGAAGACUUCACCUUCAAUUUUACAUUAGAGAACCAGAUACAUACCAAUAGCUUAUUUUCAAAUGACAGGUUUAUAAGUAUGAAAUUCAAGUCUGUCACUUUCAUCAAUUCCACCUUUCAGAACUGCUAUUUAGAGGAUGUGACAUCGGUGGGGUCAUUCUUUCGAAACUGCACAUUUAUCGAGUCUGUCUUCUAUAACACUGAUAUUGACGACUCCAAACUUAUAAACACUGGCAUCAUAAACAGCACAUUUUACCACAACAAAACAGGCUGUCAAAUGACUUUCGAGGAUGAUUACAGUGCAUACUGGGUCUACUUUGUUAAUUUUUUGGGAACACUGGCCGUCCUCCCUGGCAAUAUUGUCUCUGCCCUUCUUAUGGACAAAAUUGGACGCUUGGCUAUGUUAGGGUUUUCCAUGGUCCUGUCUGGAAUCAGCUGUUUCUUCCUAUGGUUUGGCACCAGUGAGUCUAUGAUGAUUGGAAUGCUGUGCUUGUACAAUGGCCUGAGUAUCUCUGCCUGGAACUCUCUGGAUGUUGUGACAGUAGAGCUCUACCCUACAGACAGAAGAGGAACUGGAUUUGGUUUCUGCAACGCCUUGUGCAAGCUAGCUGCAGUGCUUGGAAAUCUGAUUUUUGGCUCUUUAGUGGGCAUCACCAAAGUCAUCCCCAUUCUUCUCGCCGCCUCAGUGCUCGUCGCCGGGGGUCUGGUAGGAUUACGGCUACCUGACACCAGGUCUAAUGUCCUAAUGUAAACUUUGUUUCAGACGUAUAGAGAUAUCCAAAAUGCUUGAAAACCCUCAUUCCUUAAUAUGGUGCACUGUAGUGUGCGCUCAUUUGUGUCUCUGCCUUUGAAAUCCAGAUUAAAAAGUCUCAUAAUAUAAUUAUGGGAUUAGGAGCAUCAAACGUUUGAUUUUACUCAUCACGCAUUUCAGAGAAUGCUCUUUACAUUAUGAUUUUAUGUAAAAAAAAAAAACAUUAAAUAACACAAAAAAAGACACACAGAGGGUUUCACAAAGGGUUUGGUCACAUUUACACAAAUGCUUUUAUUUUUUAUGUUUCUUUCAACAUUGCUGUGUGAGUGCCAUUGUUCUUGGUGAAAUACUUCCCUUUAUGCAUUACAAGAAAUAUAUAUUCUGGGUGAAAAAAAAUAUUUUGAUCACCUGUAAGCUUUUUUUUUUAUAUCUACAUAUUAGGUUUACCACAACUAAAUCAGCCUCCAACUUUGCUUACUUUCUGGCUUUUUUAUGGGUUUAUAAUGCCCUGGGUAUUGAAGUGAGUGUAAAUAUUAAUGUCCCCUAAUUAAGACCUGAGCAAAAUGAGCUAUUAAUGAGCAGUUCAAGCCUGCUGUAAAUAUGCAGAUAAGCAGGAUGAUCAGAAAAACUGGAAGCUCUGCACAGCUGCAUCACAGCUGGCUGACUCAACCCAAAUAAUUAAAUCCAAAGAUGAGAGAAAAGUUGAUGUUGGGUUAAGAGUGUACACUGGUAAACAACUUUCAGUAAAGUGCUCUUUAAAGUGCCUGCUUUUGGGUUUAGCUAUACACGUUGAAGAUAUUAUUUCUAGAAACAUUGUUUAAUGUAUUUCUAACAGUUUAUCAAUAGUUUUUGUUAUUGAAUUUAUGUUGUAAAUUGUAAAUUUCAGGCACUUAUUUAUUCGUAACACUUUACAAUAAAGUCUACUUUACAAUAAAGUUUAUACAUUAACAUUAUCAAAUACUGUACAUCUUAAUUAAUUUUGCAUUAAGUAACGACACUUUUGAUGAAAAUGAUAAAUAAAUGCUGCAGAAGUAUUGUUUAUUGUUAUUAGUUUAUGCUAACUAAAGUAGUUAAUGUAAACAUAUGAAGAGCUCAAAUGCAGAACACUCUAAGUGCAUCUCACAUAUAUUUUAUCAAAUUAGUAUUUUUUAUCAAUUCUGCCAACAAACCUGUAUUUCUGAAUGGCCUGAGGCCGGGAUUAAGCGGAUUUAAAGUGAACAUAUUUGAUGAAUAGGUGCAGAGAGAAUUUGAUUUAUAUCGUUAUCUCAUUUUUGAAGGAGGUGGCAUUUAGAGGUUUUUGCAUCUGACCUCCUCAAAUGGAAAAUUUCAUUAAAAAUGAUUGCUGGUUUAGAGUUAUUGCUGGUUUAAGCUUUAUGCAUGUAUACUCUAAGUUCUGAAACAACCACAACUGUACAAUGUAGACAUACUAAAUGUACAAAUAUAGGCUACUGUAGAUAUAGGCAAAUGUACUUGCAGAUAGAUUUAUAAAAAUAGGGUUAUCAAAAUGUUUUUUUUUUUUUUGCUCUACAAAUGUUUCUAUAUUUUGUAUAUAAUUUGAUAAAAGUAUAAUUUGUAAAUUAAAAGUAAAAAGUAUAAUUUGUCCUGUAACAUAAGUAAUUUUAAGUUAUUUCACACAACACAUUAUAACAUGUUCUACAACAUUUGUUGAAAUGUCUAACAGCCUUUUGAAACUGUGCCUCUCCUACAUAUGAUCAUAAUCGUUCUGAACAUUAGAAAAAUUACAUUGACAGAACAAAUUGGUGAGGAUAUUACUCCUGAAAAGCCUCUUAUGUACAAUGUCAAAGACUCAUCUUGUUGAUACUGUAUGACACAGAGCAGACAGGUUUGCAGGUGCAGGAGGUGGGGUUUAGAGGGCCCGCCUCAACAUAUGGGGUCCACAAUCUGUAAAGAGAAGAAAGAUGUGUUUGAUAACAACAUAACAUAACGUUGCCAUGUAAGGUAAGACAACUGAAUUUAAAAAGUACAGGUUCUUAUUUGGUUGCUUACUUGAAAAAUAAAAAAAAUUAACUAUUUAAGAGGUAUUAAAACAAUGAGCAAGGGUUAAUAGUUGAUAUGGAUUUAUAUAAAGAAUUAUAUAUAUGACACAGAUAUUUUAUAGCCACAUACAGUAUUUUCUUUACUCGAUAGUUUGUGAUAUAGCAAGGAUUACUAUAAAUUAUCUAAAAACCUGCCUGAAAUUGCCCCUAAAAUGACAGGUAUUACUUUAACUUCGUGAUACUUACAAAUCUUACCAGUUUGAAGUUUAGCAGUAAAAUGUCAGUCAGAAUAUAUUUAGGCUUUGUUUUUAAAGGUAUGGAGUCAGUGUCUGCUAUAUGCUGUGCUACUUUUUCCGGACAGUGCCAAAUUCAGUGAUCUGAAAAAUAAUGUGAAUCAUAACUUCUAAUAGUAGGAUUAAAUAGCUCUUAGCUUUUGUCAGAUGUCUAGAUAUUUUUAUGUCUAUUACAGUGAGAACAACAGUAUUACUAAAGAUAAACGUUUUUGAUUAGGCUUCCAAUUAACCAAAGUGGCUUAAUGCUGUGGCAAUCUCAGCAAAGCUAUGCAGUACACACCUAGUUUGUGUAUAUAUUUGUUGUGGUAAAAUGCUGUUUGAAACUAAGUGUGUGUGCUUUUGUGUGUAUAUAUACAGUGUAUGUGUAUGAGGUAAUGUGUGCUUGUUAGUGUACAUUUUGUACAUGUUACAGUGACUGACUUACAACUAAAUACUGUGCACAUUUUUGGGGACAGCAAUAAAACUUUUCUGUUUUUCCUGUAUUGCCCACUAACAACCAACACCUUUACCAAAAUUGCAUGUAUUCACUUUUUGUCUGUGAGUCUGUGUGAGUUGUGUGCUUCCUGUUGAGGAAAAAAAUGAAAAAUAUGAAAAAAUAAGUGAACAGGAGAAUGUAACACUGUUUUGAAGCUGUCAUAUUUUGUGAAAGUAAUAAAGAUGUUGAAAAGUG